UUUGGCGCAUUGCUCUCCACUUCGCUGUUGGUUAGUUUAUUGGAGAAGGUGUUCGCUGCUGUAGACAACGAGGAACUCAACAUCGAAGAGAGGAAUCUCCUCUCUGUAGCCUACAAGAACGUGAUCAGAGCACGCCGCGCCUCGUGGCGCAUCAUCUCCUCGAUCGAGCAAAAGGAAGAGAGCCGCGACAAUGAGGAUCAUGUCACCGUCAUCCGCGACUACCGAUCUAAGAUCGAGUCCGAGCUCUCCAACAUCUGCGACGGUAUUCUCAAGCUCCUCAACUCUCGCCUUAUUCUCUCGGCUUCCUCCGACGAUUCUAAGGUCUUCUACCUCAAGAUGAAGGGCGAUUACCACAGUUCCAACAUCGGGUCUCCAAUAUCAGGUUCA